AUGCACACGCCGGCGCUUAAAGUGUCACAUGAACCCGCACGAAGAGAAGCAGGUCCUGUGGGUGUGGGUGUCGCUGCGGCAUUGGCGGGCGUGGUGGACAGCCAGGGCCCCGUGCUGGUGGCCGAGCCGCGCUCCCAGGUGGACUUCUCCAAUGACACGGGCGCGCUGCUGCAGUGCGCGGCGCACGGCAGCCCGCCGCCCAAGCUGGCGUGGCUGCUCGGCGACGGCACGCCCGUGAGCGCCGUGCCCAAAGUGCGCGAGCUGCUGGCCAACGGCUCGCUCUACCUGCCGCCCUUCCUCGCCGAGAACUACCGCCACGACGUGCACUCCACCGUCUACCGCUGCGAGGCGGCCAACGCCGUCGGGCGCAUCCUCAGCCGGGAGGUGAACGUGCGCGCGGUGGUGAAACAACAUUACGAAGUGCAAGUACGUGAUACGUAUGUGCUGAAAGGCAACACGGCCGUGCUCAAAUGCGAAGUACCUGCCUUCGUGAAGGACCACGUCACAAUCACGUCCUGGGUUCAGGACCAAUCUUUUAAUAUUUACCCCACACCCGAGAGCGACGGCAAGCUGCACAUGCUGCCGUCCGGGGAGCUGCUGGUGUUCGACGUGACGCCGGCCGACACGCACCCCAACUACGGCUGCCGCACCGUGCACCACGUCACGGGCGAGACGGUGGAGAGCGUCAGCCGCGGCCGCGUCGUCGUCACG